UCCAGCGCCUGUGCGCCCGCCGCCGCCGGUCUAUUGCUCGUUGGCAUGUCGACCGCCGCCGCCUGCGCAGAGGAAAUGCUGCGGACCUGCUUGCCGCGACGACAUCGGUGGUUCUCCGCCUCCAACUCGUUAUGUGGAGUACGUUGGGGCCGCGGCGGCUCGUCGCCUAGCUUGCACUCCGCCGCCGCCGCCUCCGCCCGCGCUACAACUGCCCUGCGAGCCUCAGGAGCCCCCGUGCUGUGUGCAAGCUCGCAGGAGACCGCAGCCUCCGCAUGAUUGGCGAUCAAGUGCGGGGCUCCUGGCGCCACAGCUCCCAUGCCAGAGCUCGUCACCACCAAACGCUGCGUCGGCGCCACAGCUCCCUGCACCCGCGUCUCCCCCGCGCAUCGUCUCGGCGCCACCCGCGCCCUCUCAGCCCCCUCCAGAUCCAACACCACCUCCUGCGCAAGAAGACGGUGUCAGAUUACGAAGAGUCCAUACAGUAGCCGUGCGGGAUUAUUUAAAACGAGAGACGCAGACAUUCUUUGGAGUACAAAGAGACAAUGAGAGGGAACAAAGGAGGCUGUGGUAUGAGAGGCGGAGGAGGCACGCGGCGCGGGCGCUCGGAGACCUCCGGCCUGACUUGCCACCAGACCAUCAUCCUGACGAUGAUGACAUUAGUAUGUAUGGAGCAUCAGGCGCUGCGCCGAGAGAGGCGCGGGGGCCAGUGCGCGAGCGACCCGACGUGCUUCCUGCGCCGGCGUCGCUCGAGGAGCCCGCGGUACCUGCGCCGCCACGGCCCUGCAAGGACAGCGUUGCCAGACUAACGCUGACUGGUCUUUCUUAUGUUGUUACUGCGGUGACAAGGCGAUCGCGGCAAUCUACGUCUGCGCAAUGGUCGCGUUCCUUUCGCGGUCCCCCCACCACGCCAGACGACGCUGAGCUUGACGAUGUCUUUUACUCCGCACCUGACGCCACGCCUUUGCAGCAUCAUGUUGAUACGGAUACUGUUGAUGGCAAAGGCGCCAGGUCCCCAAUAAGUUCAAGCGAAGUGCAAUACCGAAGGCCGGAGAGGAGCGUGUCAUGGAAUGCAGGCGGAGCCAGAAUACACACGCCCAUGCUGGAACCGUUGGCUGAUAACUCCAACCGCCGGCAGUACGGCAUGGGCAUUGUUGGGAAGUUCUUCCGGAGAUCUCUCCGAAAAUCAGUAGCGCAUCAAGAAGACGUGGUACGCCAAUUAGACGAGAUGACGGACUACAGGCCGUACUUCACGUGGUGGGUUAGCACAGCGCAGACAUUGGUGCUUCUGCUGUCUUUGCUGUGCUACGGCUUCGGUCCCGUCGGGUUUGGAAGGCACACGCACUCGGGACAAGUGUUGGUUAAGAGUUUGAGUUUGCAACAGGUGGAAUGGGAGGAGCCGGCAUCAUUCUGGCUAGGUCCUCGUGCAGCGGACCUCAUACAUUUAGGAGCAAAAUUCGCGCCCUGUAUGAGAAGGGACGCUAGGAUAGCAAGAGCCAUUGCGGCGUCUGCGAGAAGGGAGAGAGACACCGCGUGUUGCAUACGGAACGAUGACUCGGGCUGUGUGCAGUCCUCCAAGGCUGAUUGUUCGAUAAGAGGAUUAGUAUCAAAAAAUACAAUAUCAACGUGGAAGAAAUGGUCUUCGGGUGAGUCAGGACCUGGAGGUCGGAUAUCAGGGUCAGUUUGCGGAUUAGAUCCCAAAUUCUGUGAAGCGCCACGUUCAAUAGCACCCCACGAAUGGCCAGACGACAUCACAAAAUGGCCAAUCUGCCGCAAGUCAGUUUUAGAUGGGUCAGCGGCAGCGGGCCGGGCUGGUCACGCGGCUGAGCACAUGGCCUGUGAGGUCAUCGGCCAUCCGUGUUGUAUAGGGGUCCACGGACAGUGUGUGAUUACCACUAGGGAGCAUUGUGACUUCGUCAAGGGUUACUUUCAUGAAGAGGCGUCGUUGUGUUCACAAGUGUCGUGUCUCGACGACGUUUGCGGUAUGUUGCCGUUUAUGAGAAGACGUCGUCCAGACCAACUGUACAGAGCAUGGACGUCGCUUUUUGUACACGCUGGUCUACUGCACCUAGCUGCAACUCUUGCGCUGCAGUGGCUCUUCAUGAGGGAUCUAGAAAAAAUGGCUGGACCUGUUAGAAUAGCUAUCGUAUACUUGGGCAGUGGUGUUGCAGGAAAUAUGGCAUCCGCUAUAUUUGAACCUUAUAGAGCUGAGGUGGGACCCGCCGGAGCACACUUUGGACUCUUGGCGUGUUUGAUAGUGGAAGUGAUCGGCGCGUGGCCACUCCUCAGACAUCCUAAGCGGGCGCUGCUCAAACUCAUUGGGAUCGCGAUCGCUUUGUUCCUCCUCGGCCUUUUGCCGUGGAUCGAUAAUUUCGCGCACGUGUUCGGUUUUGUUUUCGGAUUCCUGUUGUCCUACUCGUUACUGCCAUUUGUAACGUUUGGGCCGUACGACAGACGGAGAAAGAUAGUGCUGGUUUGGGUGUGUCUAGUGUCGGCGGGAGGUAUGUUGUGUGCGCUAGUGGCGUUGUUCUAUGCGGCGCCGGCGUAUGAGUGCACGGCGUGCGCGUACUUUACGUGCCUGCCAUUCGCGCCAGAUAUGUGCGCGUCCCAGGACGUGCGCGUGAGGCAGCUGGACGGGGUAUGACGGCGCGCGGCCCGGGCGCCCCCGCCGCCGCCGCCGCCCUCCUGCCCCGCGCUCCCCGCGUGUUCCGCGCACUACCCAACUCCACUCCCGCCACGGCGCGUCGCGAGCGCCUGAACCGAGACAGCAGCAUAGGAAGUAAAAUUUGCCUUAACUCUGGAAUUAUUCAUAGAGCAAUAUAUCCUUGACUGCCAGGACACUUAGCCUUUAUUAAACUCAAUUCUGAGGAACGAUUGUGGUGUGAUCGAUUCAAUGUUUCGAAUUUAUUUGUAUGUGAGAAUUCUUUUUUGUAAUGAUAUGAAUGAUAGAGAUUUGAUUUUACUUCCUAGCUUUCGGGUCCAUUGCAGUAUUAACUCGCCAUUUGCCCUCUGUCGUGCUCAAACGGUAACAUGAUACCUUGUGAUUUCGUGUUGAUGAGAGGCGUGUUCUAGUUUUUUACUAAGUAAGCGAUUAAGCAUAUAAUCGUCGGACUAGACUUAUGAAAAUAUACACGACUUUUAUUUAAAUAUAGACACCUAUUGCAUAUAAGGUUUGUUGGUGUAUUGUUUUGUAAUUAUUCGCGAUUUUCCCCCAAAAUGUCUAAUAUUCGAGAGUUAAGUUUAUUUGUUACCAAUAAUGGGGAUAUUGGUACAAGUUAACUGAACUCUAAACUUAAUUGUGAUAAUAAUAUCCAGCCGCGGGUAAAAAAACGGACGCGACAUGCAUUUAAUUGUACAUAACUGUAUUAUAUAUAUACAUAAGAUACUUUUAAGUAAGCUGUAUUUACGUAUGACUAUGUUCUGUCUGCAUUUUACGAGAAUAACGUUUU